AUGGGCUCCAUGGAUGGAUCAGUAUUGGACAAACACCUUACUUCGGCAAAAAUCAUCGAUAACUCGGCGAAAAUGGUCGAUCUUAACUCGGCGAAGGAUGUGGUCGAUCCCAACGCGCAGAAGAUGGUCGACGUAGUAGGCCCGAUGCUUGAGAAACGUUUUGGUUGCAUUGUCAUUGCACUAGUCAGAGUCAUCGGAGGUCAGCUCAUAUCAGGGGUCGCUAGAGCCGGCAUUGAUGUCGCCAAAGCCCACCUUGAACCCGAAUCAAGCAAGUACAAAGAUUUUGACGAAGCCCGUAGAGCUUUCACGCCGGAAAUGGCAAAAGACUUUUAUGAAAAGAGAGAGGGCGGCGUCAUAGGAGUCGUCUGCUUCAACGGUGGCUACACUUGGAAGUCCACUUCGCAGGCCCUGCGAGAAUCAACUUCAAGUGGGAUGUUUACCACACGGAUUAUGACUGUUUCGAGAUGUGGGCGGGCGCCUUUGUUCACAAUGAUGGCGACGGGGGGUGCGAGAAUAUUGCCUACUACGGCAUCUUUCAGGCCAUCAAUGGCGGUCAUCAAUGCUAGAAAUCUUACUGCGAGGAUGCUUUUGGUGGUUGGGCAAGGGCGUUAG